CAGAUUUCCCGUCACAAGUGCACUAUCGUUUCUACGAGGACAACGAGAUAAGCAGGGGCAUACAGUAAAAUAUUCCUCUGUAAAACGUGACAAUUAAAGAGGAGUCGACUCUCGAAAUGAACCUUGUUCUCGUUGUUGGGUUAUUUCUUUGCCUCGAGUCAGCUUCAACGACUGCGACGCAAUGCUUAAGUUGCGCACCAAUGGUCAGCAGUGCCCAAUGUGCUACCACCAAAACUUGUUUAGAUGGGCAAGAAUGCUAUGCUAAGUACGUGUUGAAACAGAAUGGAACGGUAAUUUUCGAAUUCGGAUGUCACGAUUUUCAGACAUGCCCUGACCAGAUACCUAAGGUAACUGCUGGAACCCAUGUUAUAAUUGGCAAGCGAGCGACCGGCGAAACCGAAUUGUGCUAUAAAUGCUGUCAUGGAGAUCUGUGUAAUCAAGGAACACUUUGCACAGGCAUGACCACAACAACCCCUGUCAGCCCGUGUUCCCCCAGCCCCUGUUUGCGUGGGUCCUGUUUCAUAGGCAGCGGAAAUAAUCCCACAUUCUUCUGUCUGUGUCCAAGUGGCUUCACUGGACUUCACUGUGAAACGGAAAUCAACCCGUGUUCCCCCAGCCCCUGUUUGCGUGGGUCUUGCUUCAUAGGCAGCGGAAAUAAUCCCACAUUUUUCUGCCUCUGCCCGAGCGGCUUCACUGGCAUGACUUGUGAAACGGUCAUUUCUACAACUACUGCAAAGACAACGCCGAUUCCAACAGCAACAACGACAGUUCCGACAACCCUUGCCAACCCGUGUUUCCCUAGCCCCUGUGUGCGUGGAUCCUGUUUCAUAGGCAGCGGAAACAACCCCGCAUUCUUCUGCGUAUGUCCGACCGGCUUCACUGGGCUGCACUGUGAAAUAGAAAUCAACCCGUGUUCCCCCAGUCCCUGUGUUCAUGGGUCCUGCUUCAAAGGAAGCGGAAACAGUCCAACGUUUUUCUGUCUGUGCCCGAGUCAAUUCACCGGACUGCACUGUGAAACGGUCAUUACGACAACAACUGCAAUUUCAACGACAACGCCUAGUCAAACAGCAACAACAACAACAACAACAGCAACCACGACCCCUGUCAACCCAUGCAAUUCAAGCCCCUGCGUGCACGGAACGUGCUUCAUUGGAAGCGGUAACAGCCCAUCUUUCUUCUGCCUGUGUCCAAGCGGCUUCACUGGACUGCAGUGUGAAACAAUUUUUCGCUCAACUUCGUCCACAACAACGCAAACAACACCAACAUCAGCAAUCAUGACAAGAGCCUCUGCAACGACCUCUUUGAAAACAACACCAACGUCAGGUGUGUAUAAGCCAGGUCUUAUGAUUACGUAUUAA